GGAGACGGCCAUUCCCCGAGCAGAGGUUGUCCGCAAAAGCGAACGGAGGCGAAGGAGGGGCCGCGGAGCCGGGAAGGCCUUUGAGUGGGCUCCGCUGCCUUGGCCGGCGAGGCUUUAUUUCGCUGCCGUCUUCGCCUUCGACACAAUAGGCAGGAGGAGCCUUGGAGCCGGAAACCCCCUCCCACCGCAGGCCGUGACGCAAAAGAAGGGUGACGGACGCUUCCGGUUUGCGCGCGUCCGCGCAUGCGACUCCGUGGGCGGAGAGCAGCCGCGCUUCCGGGUUCCGCGGAGUAGGCGAUCGAGAUGGCGGAGAGCGAGGAGUACGAAUCGGUGCUCUGCGUCAAGCCGGAAGUCCACGUCUACCGAGUGCCUCCGCGCGCCUCUAACCGGGGCUACAGCCCUGAGCAGCGGCGCUGUCUUCUCUCCCUGGUGCUAGAGCUGCGGAGUGGCAGCUGGACCAGCCAGCAUGGAGUGGGCGCAUGCGCAUAACGGCCAAAGGGAACGUGGCCUACAUCAAGUUGGAGGACAAGAACUCAGGAGAACUUUUUGCCCAGGCUUCUGUGGACCAGUUCCCCAGCAUUACUGUGGAGAGUGUGACGGACUCCAGCCGAUAUUUUGUCAUUCGCAUUGAGGACGGGAACGGGCGCCGGGCCUUCAUUGGAGUCGGCUUUGUUGACCGAGGUGAUGCCUUCGACUUCAACGUCGCUCUGCAGGACCAUUUCAAGUGGGUCAAACAGCAGAGUGAGCUGGCCAAGCAGGCCCUGAAUCCAGACCAGGGCCCCAAACUGGACCUGGGCUUCAAGGAAGGGCAGACCAUCAAGCUCAACAUUGCGAACGUGAAGAAGAAGGACGGCUCCUCGGCAAGCAGGCCCCGAGCAACAGGCUCUGGGGGCCCCAGCCUCAUCCCACCCCCUCCUGGAGGAAAGGCCUCCCUGACCGGGGAGCAGCUUUCAUCUGCUGCUGAGGCAGCAGAUGUCUCCAUCCCGUGGCCGCCUCCGCAGGCUUCAAAUUCUACAGCUACAAAUUCUACAGAAGCAGCUGCGGACAUCUGGGGAGACUUCACCAAAGCUUCUGGGUCUGCCUCCGGUCAGACUCAGCAGAGCUCCACCAGCUGGGUCCAGUUCUGAGCCCGAGCAUCUUGUGCUUCUCUGGUCUGGGGUGAAGGCCACGGAAGGACCCUUGUGGACCAAAGACGAAGCCACUUUGCCCUCGUGGUACAUCAUGAGAUCCCAGUUCUGGAUGUGCUUGGAUGUUUGCUUUGGGCAUUUUAUGGGAUAGGGAAGGUGGGGGUCAGCUGGGGCUGUGCAGAUCCUCUUCUCCCUUCCCCACCUCCAUCUACCCCCUCAGCAUUCGGGGGCCCUGAAAGGGGAGGGAGUUUUUUUUCUGGGUUCAGGUCACAGCUUAGGAACCUGGAACCCUGGAGUGGGAAAGAGGGGGCACAGCUGGGCCUGUCCAGAAAGAAAGAGGCUCCUUCCUCUCUCUUGCCUUUUUUCCUGUCUUGUGUGGUGUCUUAAUGGUAUUUCUUUGAUAUGCUUGCCUCACCUCGCCCCCUUACUAGCUUGGAGGGAUUUUGUGGCACGGCUGCCCCAGGAAACACACUCUGCACAUGGGCAAAGGCGGCUUUCCUUGCAGGAGGUGACUGGCAGCGCCCUCCCUUCGCAGCCCACCUUGUAAACUUGAAAUGGGCUUACCUGUCGCAUAUCUCCCCCUCGGAAUUUCCAGGGUGCCUUCCACACUGGAAGGACGCUGGGCCCCCUAUUCUGUCAUGUUGCUCUGCCUCUGAUGGUUGUGGUGGAGGUAGCAGUGCUGGGAGUGAGAGAAGAGUCAUCAGCUUGUUGCAGAGGCGGCGAGCAAUGUUGCCACGUCGAUGUCAUUUGAGGGCGGGGGUCCCUGGCUCUGCUUUGCCUUGUGAAGUGCCUUCUGUUUUUCCUUCUCUGCUAAAACUGGCCUUUUGAGCAGCAAGAGCAGUGGAACUCCUCACAUUCCAUAUUUGUGUGACUUUUAACGUGCGCGCACACACGACAAAUUACCCUUUUACUUUCGGAGAGACCUGGGUUUUUCUCCUUUCACAGGUGGUUGCCUGUGGUGCCUCAGAUGUUGUGAAGGACAAAAACUGCCCCCUGGGCCAUCUUAUGGAACCGGGUUUUAAUUCUCUUUUGAAAUACAGAUCUUUGUAUUCACUCCUAUCCUAUUUAUUCUAAGAUGAAGGCCUUUUACAGAACGUUUUCUUACUAUGAAACUCCAUAAAGUUUUUUCCUGCCUUUUGUUUUGUUAUUUUUGAGCUGGUUCCUUAUUAAAAAUGUAUAUGUAUAUUUAUCUGUAUAAAA